AUGAGAGGUCUCAUUUUCGAAGGCGAAAAAGCCAUCGCUCCCAAGUUGCUAGCAGCCAUCGAAGAGUCAUUCACGAUCACGGAGAAGUUCUUGGAGAAGAGCAACUACGUCGCAGGGGAUCAGCUUUCCAUAGCCGAUUUCAGUUUCGUUACUACUAUUACGUCUUGGAGCGGCGCUUUCGCACCUUUAAGCGAGGCCAAGUUUCCCAAAAUAGCCGCUUGGAUAAAGAGGAUGCAACAGUUGCCUUAUUACAAGGAGAAUCAACACCAGCCACUAUUUUUACAUGCAGUAAAUAAUCCCAGCAAGUUGGAUUCGCUCAUUACCAGCGAACGUACGGUGUACGUCUGCAUACGGUAUACCAUAUUGUCGAAGGUAUGAACAUUUUAUUUAAAAUUACCAAUAGUUUAUCGUUAGUAAAAUACUAUCUAGGUUUAACCAAUACAAGUUUAUGUAACUGUAUCUUUUGUGAUGUUAUUUAUAUACAAAAAUAACUAAAAUACUAAUAUAAAACAAAAGAUAUUAACGCGUAUGAUUAAAAUUACUAAAACAGGCAUGCAUCAGGCUGGUUUAUUGGGACACAAAUUACAAAAGUAUCUAGUAUCACGUCGGAUGUUCGACGUUGCACAUAUAACACCUACGUUGGCGACGAGCAGUUGGUGCAAAAGUAGAUGGAGUAUGCACAACAGGUUGGCCACGAAAUUAAAUUUGCUGCAUCCACUGUCGCCUAAAAAUAAAUAAAUCCAUGUCUUCGUUACGUCUGUCCACUAAAUAAGCAAUAACGUAAUUUAAAUGCGUCAAUAAAGUCAUACUAGUAUUAUUUUUACUUUCCUAUCUGUAUACAGAUAUAAGGAAAGUAUAGGAAUCAUGAUUUUUUUCGACCUCGAGUUUUCGACGGAUUUUUACGUUUUGAGGUCCCCUGAAUCCGUUUUGACUAUUUUCGCGAUGAUGUCUGUGUGUGUGUGUGUGUGUGUGUGUGUGUGUGUGUGUGUGUGUGUGUGUGUGUGUGUGUGUGUGUGUGUGUGUGUGUGUGUGUGUGUGUGUGUGUGUGUGUGUGUGUGUGUGUGUGUGUGUGUGUGUGUGUGUGUGUGUGUGUGUGUGUGUGUGUCUGUGUGUGUGUGUGUCUGUGUGUGUGUGUGUGUCUGUGUGUGUGUGUGUGUGUGUGUGUGUGUGUGUGUGUGUGUGUGUGUGUGUGUGUGUGUGUGUGUGUGUGUGUGUGUGUGUGUGUGUGUGUCUGUAUAACGCAUAACUCAUGAACCGAUACACGGAAAAACACCAAAUUUCAAACUUAGGCUUUAUUCUAGCGUCUAAUGAGCUGAUUAGAUUUUGGGCAGAGUCGGAACAUCUGGGGGGGUACUUUAUAGGUGGUCAUUUUUAUAUUUUAUGGAAUAUAUCUGUUAUUUACGUUUGGGGAAGAAAAUUUUUUAAAUAAAAGUUACUUCUUAUUUUAUUAUCUAUAAUUUUUGUCAUUUACAAAAUUUUCCUAAAAUGGUCCGUAUUCGAGAAAUUUGACAAAAUGUAAAAAAAUAUUUUUUUUUAUAAAAAUUGUUCAAACAAAAGUUGUUUGUAAUAUAAUUGUCUAUAAUUUUUUUUCCAUAAAUAAUUUCUCUAAAAUGGACCGUAUUCGAGAUAUUUGAGAAAAUGUGUAAAUUUCGAAAUUUGAAGAAAACUAAAAAACGGAUAAAGAAAAAAUCAAUAAAUUUUAAACUUAAGUUUUAUUUCGGCCUGACGUGAAAUGAUUAGAUUUUGGACAAAGUCGGAACAUCUGGGGGGGUACUUUAUGGGAGGCCGUUUAUAUAUUUUAUGGAAUAUAUCUGUUAUUUAUGUUUGGAUAAGAAAAUUGUUCAAAUAAAAGUUACUUCUAAUAUUAUUAUCUAUAAUUUUUGCCUUAUGUAAAAAUUUCCUGAAAUGGUCCGUAUUCGAGAAAUUUGACAAAAUGUGCAAAAUUCUGAUUUUU